AUGAAGCUGUGGAGGAGAUUAGUUGCUGAAACAUACGGGACAGCUGCGUUAGCAUUCGUUAUUUUUGCUAGCGAAGGAGAAGCAUGGUCUGUAGGAAUUGGCUUCUGGGUCAUUAUUGUUGGGUGCGGAUUUAUUGGUGGUGCCCACUUUAACCCUACUGUUACUUGUGCAGCAAUUGCCAAGGAUCUUUACUUCAGACACCUCCAAAUCAAAAAGGCUAAGGACAAGUCAUUGAAAUAUUUCACUGAAUCAGUCCAAGAAGACCUUCUUUACUUGGUCGCUCAAAUUGUCGGAGCAUUGCUUGGAAGCUUCUUCGGACAAGCAGUCUGGGAUAGCCCUUGGAGUGUAUCUAUUGCUGGAGGCAGCACUGAAGUCCAAGCCAUCUUUGCAGAACUUAUUUUCACUGCUCAUCUCGUCCUUGUGGUCUUGGUCUCUGCUGAACUUAUGGACUCUGUCAUUGCUUCAGGUAUGGCAAUUGCGUUAUGGUCUUAUUUAUUUUUUUUAAUUAAAAAAUUAUUAAUUUCUAGUUAAUAUUUUCAGAAAAAUAUUUAUCAAUUGCGUUUACAGUGCUCGCAGGCAUUUUAACCGUAGGAGAUAUUUCUGGAGGUUGCUUUAACCCAACUGUUUGCAUUGCAAUUGAUGUUGUCAAAGCAAUUUUUGCAAAUGAUACAGCUAGCUUAACUAACUGGUGGGUUUAUAUUGUGGGUCCAUUCCUUGGUGCUGUUCUCGGAACUAUCAUUGGCAUCACCUUCUUAAGAGAAAAGAUCCAGAUCAACAAGAAGAAAAAGAUGAAGUGGCAUCCUAAAGAAUUCGGCCUAGCACUCCUCAAGGACCACAUUAAGAGCGACAAUUAA